GGCACUGUUCGAAGAAUUAUUAUCGAGAAUCCUGAUCAGGAGCCGUUAUCCCCAUUUCUUCGAGGGGGGAAUUUCUGUCCUGGAAAUAAUGUCAUCUACGAAAAGACAAUAAGAAAAUACGAGCUAUUAAAUCCCCUCCAAGAGAAGCAGUAUCAGUUUUCCCAGCAAUGCCAGAUCCCCCAACCAGCCGAUCAGUGCCCCGUGGCCCAGCUCUGCCAGCGCUCCGAGCAGGCCCAAGUCACGCGCCAGUGCCAGCAGACACAGACCGGUAGCCCCUGUGAAACAAUCCCAGUCUCUGUGAACUGCUCUCAGGAAAACCGGGACCAGCUGGACUGCCGCUUCUUCGGUGAGCUCCUGGCUGAACUGAACCGCAAGACCAACGACUUGCACAGCUGCUUACUACAGCACGUGGAGAAGAUAGGAGGAAGUAAAUUGACUGAAUUUGAACCAGCUAGGUUUGACUCUACAGAAGAUAUUGAAGAUUUAAUCCCCAAAGGACUGUCUGAAGCAACAAAGCAGCAGAUUCGUUAUCUCCUCCAGAUGAGAGCGACGUCAGAUAAAUCGUUGAGACUCGUGCUUUCCACUUUCAAAAACUUACGUGAAGAGCUCUGCCAUUUGCAGGAUGACCUGGGGAAGUUGGAGAUGGACAACGCCUUACUUCGGAAGGAUCUGGCGUUUAAAGAGUCUCAAGUAAAAGAAUAUGAAACUCUGUUGAUGUCCCUGAGAGAGAACAAUCGUCAGCAGCAGCAAGGACUCCGGGAGAGCACGGCAAAGUGCCGCUCUCUGGAAGAACAGCUCCUCUCCCUCCGGCUGGGCGAGGGAGAGAAGGACUGUCAGCUGAAGGAGCUGGAGUACUGCAAGCGUGCCUUGGAGCAAGAGAUCCAGAGCCUUAAACUGCAGGUAACAGCUCGCUUGAGCUGCUCUAAUCCAGCACUGCAGACCACCACCGACGAGCUCUCCAGCCGCUACGUCGAGAUGAUCAACAGCCUGCGGGAGGAUAAGGAUCGUGAGAUCCGCACCCUCAGGAACCAGCUGUGCCAGUUCCAGCAAGACAUGUCAAGGAGAGAAGGAAGCAACAGUGACUUGCAAAUGAGGCUGCAUGAACUGACAUCGAUGCUGGAGGAGAAAGAUGCUUUUAUUAAACAGCAGCAAGAGGACCUCUUCAGACUGCAGCAGGAGAAGUUAUCAGGCAGCCAGUCCCCUGGUGUGACAGCCAUCAUCACAAAGAAGUACAGGAAUCAGUAUCCUAUUCUGGGCCUCUUGUCUGACGACUACAAGGUUACGUCACCAGUCAGUAAAUCACAGACGAUUGUAAUUGAGAGGACGGGAGAGCUAUGGAAACAUGGCCCAGUCGUGCUGCCAGCCCGAGUGCAAGGGGAGGGCGCGAAGGAUCGGCACGGCCAGCUCCCCCCACCUAUCUCAGCCACGGAAUCCGGAAUGAAAGAAAUGGCACAGCCGCCAGAGCUGCGCAAGGAGCUGGCACUGCUGCGACUGCUUCGCUUUCUGCUACUCUGCAUCAGGAAAGGGGUCAGUGAGACAGGCGGGGGGACACGGGAAGGACACGGAAGCGCCAAGGUGACAUAA